GCACCAAAGUGUAGAGCACACUGUAAUCAGUUUCAAUAAAAAUGUUUGCGAGUCUCAAAAGUAAGAUAAAAGAGGAGACUGGGAGCGAUAUCAGUAAACUAACGAGUAGUUGGCGAAAUGGUGCAUUUUUAGGCAGAAUUACACUCAGAGACGAUUCGUCAACUGCAAGUCCUUCAAGUUCUGGUGGAAUAGGAGACUCUACAUCUGAUUCAAUAUCUCCACAGCUGGAGUCAUAUCUGUCGGAUAGGACAGGUGGACGAAUAGAUCAGGUUGCUUUGCAACAACAGUAUUCAGCACAGUUAGAAGCUAAACUCAAAGAAAGAGACACAUAUUGGGAACAGAAAAUUGAAGAACUAAAAUUGUCACUUGCGACUGUACAAGGCGAAGAAGCAGCAGCAGCGCAGGCGGUAGCCAGAACUGCCCAAGCUGAAGCUGCAAAGGCUAUUAGUGAAAGGGAUGCAGCUGGAAAACAACUGAAUGAACUCCGAGCAAGACUGGCUGCAGCUGAGCGGGCACAGGAUAGGCUAGAUGCUGUUACUGAGGAGCUAGAACAGUCGAGAAGAGAAUGGGCCCGUGAGAGAGCAGAGCUCACUGCGACGUUAGGGGCGGCUGACGCGCGAGUUCGCGAUCUUGCAGACGGUUUGGCUCUUGUUAAGGCCGCCUUGCCUGUAGAAAGUCCACAUCAUCACAUGCAUGAAGACGACAAAAGAGAAAUAACACCAACAGGGUGUGCACAGUACGACAGAGUGUGCAGGGAACACGCAGUGUUGACACGACAACUGCAAGAGGCCAAAAUGGCUCUGGCCGAUGUUAAGACGUCUUGGAGUGGACAAAUCGCAUCUCUGGAGACUCAGGUGGCGCGACUAUCGCGGCAAGCGGGGGAAGAGGGGGCGGAGCGGCGACGCGUAGAGGGGGAAAAGAAAGAACUGCAGGAGAAGUUGGUGAAUAUUACCGCCGAGUUGGAGAAGACGAGGCAACAGUUAGCUAACAGCGAUGCUAAGGUGGUGCGUUUAAACGGCGAAGUUCAUUCCCUGGCGAUGGAGGUGAAGUCGCUGCGCAACUCGGCCAGUCACGCCGGAGAAAAAGCAAUGGAUCUUCAGACCAAAAUAGAAGAAUUAACACAAGAAAACAAGGAAUUGUCAGAAGCUCUCGAGAAUGAGAGAACGCUGGUCAAGAUCCUCAAAGAGAAGGUGGAUAAGUCGAACAGGCUGUACGACGAGCAGCAAGCAGAGAUGAACCAUUUAAACUCAGUGGUGACAGAUAUGCAGCAUGACUUCAUUGAUGUACAAAGGAAAUAUGACAAGGAAAAACGCGAAAAGGACGAAGCACUGCUCCGCAACGCACACAUGUCACAAAGCAUCGAGAUGAGCCAAUGCAAUGUGCGAUACCAGGAGACCGAGAUUACGGACCUUAAGGCCAAGAUUACUGAAUUGGAAGGAAUCGUCGCGCAACAUAAAGAGAUCCAGGCGGAAUGCAUGCUAAUAAAGGAAAACGAAGUGGCCCGAAAGACUGAAAUCGAACAACUCAAAACUCGAAUACAUGAGAUGGCAGAGAGCGAAAGCACACUCAAAAAGACUAUACAAGACUUAGAAACUGAAAUCUGUGAUAAAAAUAAGAAAAUAAAAACUCUAGACAAUCGGAUAUCUGAUAUGAAGAAAACUCUCCAGCGAGAAUUGCAGAGCACCAAGUCUGAUCUCUCCUCGGCAGAAGAGCAAGAUAUUAGCAGAAGAUACUUAAAACACGUAGUUCUCCGGUUCCUAACAGCCAGGGAACUAGAAGCUCGCCAGUUGACCCGCGCACUCUCUGUUCUGCUAAGACUCACUGCACACGAGGAGGCUCUACUUCGCUCCGCUCUCCCUCCACGUACCGGUCUCUCUUCGUGGUUCCCUUCACUUAAUAAUACUUGAUCUUAAAGCUGGUAUCAGUGAGAAUUUUAGUUAUCCUAAUACCGGAAACUUUGAAUUCAGAUGUAUUCAGCUUCAGUAUUUGGUAAACAAAUGAUUUUAUUCCGAAAUGGUAGACAUUCAUAAAAUGACUAUAAAAACCUAUUUAAAUAUUGGAGUUAUCGUGCACAUUUUAACUUAUAUUUGUUUGAUUUGACCAUUGUCAAAUUUAUUUUCGUUUUGCAAAAAUUAUCAUUAUUAAUUUAUCGUGUUAAAUUACAGUUAAUUGUAACUGUAACAUUAUAUUAAGUAACUAUCAUUAUGUUAAAAAUGCAUCGUUUUUAUUGUUUAUGAAUAAGUUUUUAGAGAACGACUGUUGUUCUAUAGAAUUUUAAAAUGUGAUUUUUUGUACAUUUCUUAAGUAUCCUAACGUUCGACGCUAAAACUUUAUAGACUUAGAUUUGAUAUAAUUAUUA